AUGGCAACGAUGGACGUGGAAGACGAGGGAUUGUUGGCCUCUAUGUUUCGGGCGAGUUUCCCGGAGAGCUCGCGUGACAGCCCAGACUUCGCGGCUUACUUGUUGGAACUGAGCUCCUUCGGGUUGGAGAAACUGCGCAGGGAGCCGGAGAGGCUGAGCGAAGAGCGGAGUCAGAUCCUGCAGCAGACCCGGGACUUGGCAUUCAGUAAUUAUAAGACGUUCAUCCGCACUGCAGAAUGCACCGAACUCAUCUACCGGGACUUUAGCCAAGUAGAGGGCAGUGUGUCCCAGGUCCUGAACAAGUUGCCCAGCUUCCAGGAGAGCUGCAGGAGCUUUGUGAAACAGGCAGAGGAGAUCAGCUCAAGUCGGCGCAUGAACACACUCACACUGAACAGACACACUGAGAUUCUGGAGAUCCUGGAAAUCCCACAGCUGAUGGAUACAUGUGUCAGGAACGGAUACUAUGAGGAGGCCCUGGAGCUGGCUGCAUAUGUCAGACGUUUGGAAAAAAAACAUUCUUCCAUUCCUGUCAUACAGGGAAUAGUGAAUGAGGUUCGACAGUCUGCUCAACUUAUGCUGAAUCAGCUUCUCCAGCAGCUUCGCAGCAACAUUCAACUUCCUGCUUGCUUGCGAGUGAUUGGCUACCUCCGCAGGAUGGAUGUGUUCACAGAAGCUGAGCUACGUAUCAAGUUCCUGCAAGCUCGUGAUUCUUGGUUGCGGUCCCUUCAGAAUUCUAUUACAACUGAUGACCCAUACUUCCACCUCACCAAAACUAUUGAAAGCUGCCGUGUGAACCUUUUUGACGUCAUUACUCAGUACCGUGCCAUUUUCUCUGAUGAGGACCCUCUCCUUCUUCCACCACCACCCACAGGAACGUUGCCUAUCAGUGAAGGUGCAAUCUUCCAUGGUUGGGUACUACAGAAAGUUACUGAGUUUCUGCAAGUUCUUCAAAAUGACCUCCAAAGGGGCGUUGGCGGAAGGCUAGAUUCUUUGCUGGGUCAGUGUAUGUAUUUUGGACUUUCCUUCAGUCGUGUGGGUGUAGAUUUUCGUGGGCAGCUACCACCUAUCUUUCAGCGUGUUGCUGCUGAGACCUUUGCUAAAGCAGUACAUGAAGCUGUGGAGAAGUUUCAAGAGGAGAUGAACAUGUACACCUUAAUCUCUGCCCCCACAGUCCUAGGUAGUACCAUCCAUCCUGUCCCGACACCUGCUGCACAACCUGGGACAUUGCAGCCACCCAUGGUUCUCCUAGACUUUCCUCCACUUGCCUGCUUUCUAAAUAAUAUUCUUGUGGCCUUUAAUGACCUGCGACUUUGUUGUCCAGUGGCACUAACUGAAGAUGUAACAACAAUGCUACAGGAUGCAUUGGAAAAGGUUGUCAAGACCAUUCUUGCUUUUCACCGUGCCGAGGAAGCAGCAUUUAGUGUGCAAGAGCGUGAGCUCUUUAUCCAGUUUUGCACAGUGUUUCUUGAAGACCUGACUCCCUUUCUAAAUCGCUGCCUUCAGGUUCUCUUCCCACCUGGACAGAGAGCCCAGAUCCUGGGUGUUGCACCUGCACAUCUUUCUCGUUAUGGCAACCUUUGCGCUAUUGAUGUCACUGUGCUGCAAGAAGCCCUGGAGGGAAUAUUGCCUCAGAAGGACACCCCAGAUUUGACAGCUAGUGAUUCCGUAUCACAUGUGCAGGCUGACCGUGUGUCAGAGGGAACUCUGUUAUCUAUUCCAGUGGAGGAGAAGAAAGAAGAAGUGGAUAAAGUAAAAGAAAGCCAAACGAAUGAAGCAGAAAUUACAUUGGAACUUAAGUGAACUGAUUUAAAGCUCAGCAAAUGCUUUAAGAGUUAAAGACAUAUAAAUACUUUAUGGGUCCAAAGUGGAUAAAUCAGUUUUUAAAUGUGGCAAAUUCAGUAGGUGGUGACAGCAGAACUGUGAUGUGCACUGUGUGUGUGCAUAGGUGAUCUACAUUAUAGCUAAGCUUGGUCAACCCAUUCUACAUUAUUGAAAAAUGAAGCAAUCAAGUUCUAUAUAUUAAAUAAGUUAUAAUUCUUAAAAUGCCUUGCUGUAGGUUUAUUACCUUGUCAUAAAGUAUAACUGGUCUUGCCUAUAAUUUACGCAAUGUUAAUUCCCCCAUUCUUUAAUAUAAUCGCAAAUGUACUUGUAAAUCCAGUAAUAUUUAUUCUCUGUGCAAGUGUAUAUUGAAAGAAUAUAAACAUUAGGAUUGAGCCAAUACCCUGGGGAUAAUAAUACUUUUUUUUUUACAGGUUAUGCAGCUAAAUAAGCCCUGAAAGUAACCCAACCUGGCCAGCUGUCUGUAUUAUAAGUUGUAUUUGUGAGUUUGCAUUUCUUGCCAGAGUUUCUGUGCAACUAAUUCUGUGAUUGAGUGAACAUGUGACUUUUAAAAAGUUCUUUAUGGAGAGCAGGGGUGUAGCACUUGGGGGAAGCUGACCCUGUUGAGUUGUCCUAAAGAAUGGAAAAUUGCCUUGUAUGUUUCCAAACAAGGUUAUCUUCUUUAAAUGUUGUGGGUAAUCAGAAAUGCUUUUACUGUAAGGCCCCGUAGGUACAGGGUAAUGCCAACCAGCCGUGUGUGAGCGGAAGACAGUACCAGAUCAGCCUCCACUGUGCAUGCUUCUGCUUGCCGAUUACUGCCAGGGUGCCAGACACCAAAAAUAAUGCACAAGUACUGUGGGCCUGGGGGCUUUUGGUUAAAAAUGGAGGGUGGUUCCAAUAUGACCAGCUUUCUCACUGGUACCACAGACUCUGAAAGGCAAAGUAACGCAAGACCCAGUGAAACCAUUUGAGACCCUGGUAAUAAUAUUCUAGCCUUCAACAUGUUCACCUGGGGGUAAAGAUUAUAAAUAAGUUCAGGUUUCAGAUCAAACCUACUUACAAUAUAAUGUGAACUGGGGAAAAAAGCUAGGGAGAGGAUUCUCUGACGCAGCAUGGCAGAAGACUUUUGUAUUAUCACAUGAGACAAGUUUAGCAUCCAAAGCACAAAAGACAAGCUUCAAAAUUCUCUUGAGAUGGUAAUUGCUGUAUGCCUGUACCAACAACUGCUGAUGUGGUAAAUGUACUCCAAUGCACAUCUGGUGGGCAAGUACUGGCAUUAAACUAUUUUGGGAAAGGGUACCUAAAAUACCAUUUAAAAUAGGCCCUGGGUAUAGAACUACCAGGAUAUCUAAAAGUACUCUUAUUAUUGAUGUUACUUGGCCCCAUAGGUACUAGCAACAAAGAGUUUGGCAGGUUCGCGUUACAGGCAGCUAGGGCGGUCAUCUUUAGACACUGGAAAUUAGUGAUGCACUGAAUCCAGAAUUCGGUUUGUGAUUGUCCAAGAUUCCGACGUUUUCAGCUGCAUUUGGAUUUGGCUGAAUCAAAGUGCCUGGCCGAACUGAAUCUGAAUCCAAAAAAUCACAUGACUUUCAUCAAACAAACAAGGAAUGUGUGGUUCUCUUUCCCUGAUUUGCAUAUGCAAAUUAGGGUUCAGAUUCGGGAUUUGGACAAAUCCUAAAAUAGUGGAUUAGGUGCAUCCAUACUGGAAAUCUAAUCUGUACAGCUGCCAAUGAUGGGAAUAGGAAUCAAAUGAGAAAAUAGGAACUAAUAUCCUCAAUACAUGGCACCCAGGAUCAAUACAUAGCUACCUGGGCUGAAUGGAUGCUAAAUGGGAAUAGGGUAAUAUAAAAGGGACACCUCAUCUUUACAGAGGCAAUAACAAUUGUUUUCUUUUUAACGCAAUAUAACAGGCAGUACACCCAUCCAUUUUUCUUGGAAUGUAUAUCAAAUAAACACUAUAAAAUAUUUGUAAUAAAAAAAAAGUGAUAGCCGCUAUGUCUGUAUUUACUGAUGAUAAUUGGAAACCUGAUGGCCUGUUAUUGCAUUGUACUUUUGUUUCUAUACUAUACUUCAAACCUGUACUAUUUUUCUUUCUUGUUUUUCUCAUUCUGGCAAAAAUAAAGAAUACCCAGGUAUAGGAUCCAUUAUCCUGAAACCUGCUACCCAAAA